AACGCGUUCGGAUCACACCACGGAGCUAUCCCACAAACCUUAUAGACAAGGACUGGGCAAAUCGAAAACAUUUUCAUUUGGAAAAAAUGAAAGAAUUUAUAAGUUUAGUCCAUGACUUGGAUAUUCGAGGGGAUAAUGUGUGGGUAGUUACGCCGAAAUGUGGCACUACUUGGAUGCAGGAAUUGUUGUGGCUGCUGAUCAACAAUUGCGAUUUUGAUGGAGCGUUGGCCAAAGAUCAAUGUCUACGAAGUCCCUUUCUGGAGUAUGAUUUCGUCGUCCAUGGAAACUUGGAGCAAUCAUUAAAGCGUGUGCAGGAAUGCGAAUCACCACGACUUAUAAAAUCACAUCUUCCCCUGGCCUUUCUUCCAGCAAAACUUAGGGAAAGAAAAAACAAAGUGAUCUAUGUAUUUCGUAAUCCCCUAGAUGCCUGGGUAUCCAGAUAUUAUCACGGUGUUACCUACGGCACUUUUUAUGGAAAGACACUGCAUCAGUAUUUCGAUGAUCUUUUGAGUAACGAAAACUAUGCUUUGGAGACCAUAGAACAUGCCGCCGAAUUUUACCAACUCCGAAAUGAACCAUGGGUUUUUUAUACCAGUUUUGAAAGAAUGAAAAAAGAUCUGCGCGGUGUUAUUAACGAUGUCUCCAGAUUUCUGAACACGACUGUUACCGAUCUGCAAAUGGAGAGACUUUUAAAGCAUUUAUCAUUUGAAGAAAUGCAAAAAAAUCCUACAACGAAUCAUUUGUGGGAAAAAUCUCAAGAAAAUUGCGAAAAUGCUGGCAAAGUGGACUACAAUUUCCUGCGGCGGGGUAAGGUCAAUGGUUACAAGAACGAACUUCUUCCCGAGCAUAUUGAGAAGGCCAAGUUUUUAAUACAAAAGCAGCUUGAUAGAAACAAUGUGACUUUGGAAGAAUUACUGCUGAAAAAUAAUCAAUAAAACACUUAGAAUCAA